AGCAUCUCAGUGCUCAUUCAUUCAUUCACUCACUCACUCAUGCUUUCGUUUCGCUCCUCUGUCCUCACUCGCCUCUUAAACGCAGUUUAACGUCGCCGUUUCAUCCCUUUUCUCUGUCACACUAGUGCCAAAACGACGAAUCAAAACGCGUUACAGCACCAGAAUCCAAACCUUAAAAAAACACUCACAACACAACUGCGCCGCCAUAGAAAAAAAAAAACCUGGAUCUAGUUCUGGGUAUUGUUCUUCCAAUUUCUCAAACACUCUUUGUUAUAUGCCUUAUGAUAAUGAUAUUACAGUAAAUUGAUUUGAUUUGUUGCGAGUUCGCGACGAUUCAGUUACUAACUGAAUCAAUCAAAUGGGGAAAUCAUCAACAAGUAGUAACAGCAGAGAUUGGAAUCAGGUGUACGCGAUCUACGGAAUGGAGCAGUGGCACACGCUGAUUUUUCUCUUAUGUCAAGCGAUCUUGUUCUCAGUGGUUUCAGUUAUGUACUUGAUUUACUUCAACACAAUCUGCGUUUUCUUCCAGAAGAUUCUCUCCGGCGCGGCGGCGGCGAGGUUCGCCGCCGGGUUUACCGGCUCGGUUGUGGCGCUGUCAGCUCUGUGUCUGUUUUUCGCGGCGGCGAACUUCUUCUACUCCGCUGUGCCGCUUCAUUAUGACAUGGCGCAGAGGAUCGUCUCCGCCGUGCACGACUGGUCCUCUGUGAAGCUAGCUCUCGAUCUCGGCUGCUGCGGCCGUGGUGUUCUUCUCAACGCGGUGGCGACGCAGCUGAAGAAGGAAGGGAGUUCGGGGCGAGUUGUGGGGCUGGACCGGUCAAAACGGACGACGAUGUCGACGCUCCGGGCGGCGAAGAUGGAGGGAGUUGGGGAGUACGUGACGUGCCGUGAAGGCGACGCGCGGCGGCUGCCGUUCCCGGAUAAUUACUUCGAUGUUGUGGUUUCCGGCGUGUUUGUGCAUACUGUAGGGAGGGAGUAUGGGCAGAGGACGGCGGAGGCUGCGGCGGAGAGGAUGAGGGCGGUGGCGGAGCUGGUGAGGGUUUUGAAGCCUGGUGGCGUUGGUGUGGUGUGGGAUCUGGUGCAUGUGCCGGAGUACAUGGCGAGGCUGCAGGAGCUGAAGAUGGAGGAUGUCAGAGUCUCAGAGCGUGUAACAGCUUUCAUGGUGAGUAGCCACAUCGUAUCAUUCAGGAAGCCCAGUCAGCACGUGCAUGGACCCGCUGAGGUUCGUUUGGAUUGGAGAUUAGGCUAACUUGGAAAAAAAUGGAAAAUUUUCCUUAGUUUCUAAUAACCCAUAGAGAAAUAUCCAAAUAUAUAUAUUAUUAUAUAUUAUAUAUAUAGUAUAGUAUAUAGUAUAGUAUACCCAUUUAUAAAUAUUUUGUCUAGGGUGUGUCUUUUUUUGUUUCUCAAUGUGAAUGUGUUUCUGAAAGUGAAGAAAUUCCUGGGGAGGCGAAGUCAAACCAGAUGUUGAGAUUGAUAGAAUUGGAGCUUCUGAUUUAUGUGUAUAUUAUAUUAUUUUCAUGAUUUUGUAGAUAGCAAUGAAGUAGUACCACUAAUGUGUAAUGGUGAUUGUGUAACACUAAUUAUAAUUUGCAUUGUGUUAUGUUUUA